UGCGAGUACUGUGAUGAUCCACAAGAUAUUGAGAACCGUGACAAACGACCUGUCAUUCAUCUCUCGAAGGCAGGACUAUGCCCUAAUGCACCGGACAAAGUCAGGGCUGAAGCUUUGAGGAUCCUUAUGAAGAGGGCAGGCAUGGAGGAACAUCCUGUACUAGGCACUGGCUCUGUCGACAGCCCUGUCGAUGUUGAUUCACAGGUUCAGGUCAGCGGGAAGAAGAGGAAGGUAGACAGUGGAGCCAUGGAUCAGUUUGUGGACCGAGCAAUGACACAGGCGGAGGAAGAUGAAGCCAAUCUGCGCUUUCUUCGCUUCAUUAUUCACACCAACACAUCCUUCCGCGCUGCCGAGAAUCAUUAUUUUGACCAAUUCUUAGCAAUUGUCAGGCCAUCAUAUAGCCCUCCCACCCGAUAUGUCCUU